UUCCAAAUAAGUGUCUAUAUGAGUGGAAGCUUCACAUUCAAAGUCACCGAUGUAGUCAAUAAAUAUUCAGCUAAAAUGGACACUAGUAUAUAUACUGCCAUUUGAAGCUGUUACACGGAUUAUUUUUAAAGAAUUGUUGACGUUGAGGGAAACCUAAUUAACCAUGGCAUUUCCGGCAGUGGUGGAGCUGCCGACCCUGUGCCGGAAGAAAAAAGACAAGACGGCGUACCUGAACAAGCCUCCGGACAUCAAACCCAACUACGGACGCCUGAGGGAGAAGAGCCUUCUACCAAAGACCAAUAUUUCACGCGUUCUGUUGUAUGACAACGCCAUGCAGGACGCCAUGUUGGAGGUGGAAUGGAAGUACCUCGAUCACCAGAAACGCCGGGUGCGCCUCCAGUAUCAUAAGAACCGGUACGCAUUCGUUGAUCAGCUCAAACGACGGAAGCGGUGGCACGAGGCGUGGGAGCACGGGUACAUGCGAAUAAAGGACGAGUUUAUCGCCAAGUACGGCACAAAGAACAUGCCAGUUCCCGAAGAACCGCCGGAAAUAGACCCGUUCUUUAUAAAUGCGCGGCUCGUUCCGCCUAUAAACGUAUUGUGCUUUUAUCUCGAAUCUCAACAGGAGGAAAAGAAGAAAAAGGGAAGUAAAACUAAAGAAAGUAAAGCUAUUCAGGAUCGUUACUCCGUGCAUAGGCCAACUGCGUCAGAAUACAUGUACGACCAUGAACGUCUACUCGGUGCUACCGGAAGUGUUCCCAUGCUGUACACACACUCUGUGGAGGAUCCACGCUUCCGGAAUCUCAAGGAAUCCCUCGUGCCACCGGAGUACCGUUCCGACGGCUACAUCCAGCUCAGUCCAGCCUUUUGCCAGCAUCUUAUAAAGGGCCGAAAGAUUCCAAAGUUACGUUAUCGAGCUAUCGCCUUGCCCAGAUUCUAUGCGCGCCCGCACGCGGCAAGCAGGGAUUCUGUCCGAUCACUGAUGUCACGUGAAAGGAACCCUGCGGCUAAAGACUCCACAUUUCCACCGCCUGAUGCGGAUAAUGAAGAUUCACUUUCGUCAUUGUCUGAGUCAGAUGUAAUUCUCAAAUAGAUAGUAACAAUUUUAAUUCUAACGGGGAAGACGUUACUUAUGUUGUUAGAACUUGUGUCCAACCCAUUUGCUUUUUGUAUACUCUAUAUUAUUGUUGUAAUACCGAUUAUGUUGAAAGAAAAAAGGCAAUAAAAUAUGUUUAAAAUAACAAUUUUAACUGGUUUUGUUUUUAAAAAACGUUUUAUACAGAGGAUCGACAUGUAAACAAUACUAUGUUUUUUCAUAAUAAAUAAAUAACAAAAUUCGA